AAUGGAUAUUCCAAGACUCCUCCACAGCAGGGUUACACCAGCAGUUCCCGUGACUCGAUGGGUAGCACAGGGGCCCCCUCCUCACUGUCCGGUGGUGACAUGUAUGGAUAUUCUGGGGUCGAUUUCCUAAAAUCUGGGGCAGCUCUGCAUAGUAGCCAAUCAACUUCCAACUUCAGCUUUGAUGAUAAAACCUGGAAGCCGAUUGGCUACUAUGCAGAGCGGCACCAGAUUUUAGGAAAUCAACCCCAGAAUGUCCUAAAUCUGUUAUCUCAUGAACCAAUAGCCUUCAGACUAGAAGCGUGCCAAACCCUCCCUUUUCUGUCCCAAACUUGUGCCAAAUUUCUUGUUAGUGACUUCUGGGGUGAAGGGAUACAACACGUCACCAACCCCUCAUAGACAGGACCAUCUCUAGGGCUGCUUUGAUGAUUACAUUUGAAAAAAAGCCAAACUUGUAUAUUUUUAAGCAGAUGUAGGUGUUUGCUAAGGCUAUAAAGAUGUUUUACCAUUGGUUGAAAUUUAGCUAAAAUCUGUAAAAUUGACUUUAUAGUGAUUAUUUAAGAUGAUAGACUGACAAGCUGUAUAUGUGUAUGGCAGUGAAGGACCAUAGAGAGGGAUACGUGCCGCUCUUUCCAGCUCCAGGGUGCACUAUGUAUAUAUCUUGUGCAAAACUGCGCCUGGGCUAUAGAGGCGAGCAUACCUGAGAAGAUACUGUAUGUACUAAGCCCUCUGAUCUCUAUCCCUGGAGACCAUUUCUUAUUAUCACUGUCCGGUCCUGAGGUCUCCACAUACAGAUCUUGUGUGUAUAUAAGGUUGCUUUUAUUUUAUGUGCUCCUAUCUGGGGCUCCUCCACCUCAGAUGAAGACAUUAUUUGGGGACUUUCUUUUAAUGAAGAUAUUGCAGAGACAGAAGCAGGAAAGGUGCUUCCAGUGCACAGAGAGAACAUACAGAUCAUCAUUCUUACUAAAGUGGAGUGACAAAGCCGGCCUGACCGCCAUUGGUAGAAGGGAUGUUUGUAGGAAGACCUGGGGUGACAGAUCUAGCCUGACCGCCAUUGGUAGACAGGAUGUUUGUAGGACGGCCUGGGGUGACAGAUCUAGCCUGACCGCCAUUGGUAGACGGGAUGUUUGUAGGAAGGCCUGGGGUGACAGAUCUAGCCUGAACGUCAUUGGUAGACGGGAUGUUUGUAGGAAGACCUGGGGUGACAAAUCUAGCCUGACCGCCAUUGGUAGACGGGAGGUUUGUAGGAAGGCCUGGGGUGACAGAUCUAGCCUGACCACCAUUGGUAGACGGGAGGUUUGUAGGAAGGCCUGGGGUGACAGAUCUAGCCUGACCGCCAUUGGUAGACGGGAGGUUUGUAGGAAGGCCUGGGGUGACAGAUCUAGCCUGACCGCCAUUGGUAGACGGGAGGUUUGUAGGAAGGCCUGGGGUGACAGAUCUAGCCUGACCGCCAUUGGUAGACGGGAUGUUUGUAGGAAGGCCUGGGGUGACAGAUCUAGCCUGACCGCCAUUGGUAGACGGGAUGUUUGUAGGAAGACUUGGGGUGACAGAUCUAGCCUGACCGCCAUUCGUAGACGGGAGGUUUGUAGGAAGACCUGGGGUGACAGAUCUAGCCUGACCACCAUUGGUAGACGGGAUGUUUGUAGGAAGACCUGGGGUGACAGAUCUAGCCUGACCACCAUUGGUAGACGGGAUGUUUGUAGGAAGGCCUGGGGUGACAGAUCUAGCCUGACCGCCAUUGGUAGACGGGAUGUUUGUAGGAAGACUUGGGGCGACAGAUCUAGCCUGACCGCCAUUGGUAGACGGGAGGUUUGUAGGAAGGCCUGGGGUGACAGAUCUAGCCUGACCACCAUUGGUAGACGGGAUGUUUGUAGGAAGACCUGGGGUGACAGAUCUAGCCUGACCGCCAUUGGUAGACGGGAGGUUUGUAGGAAGGCCUGGGGUGACAGAUCUAGCCUGACCGCCAUUGGUAGACGGGAGGUUUGUAGGAAGGCCUGGGGUGACAGAUCUAGCCUGACCGCCAUUGGUAGACGGGAUGUUUGUAGGAAGGCCUGGGGUGACAGAUCUAGCCUGACCGCCAUUGGUAGACGGGAUGUUUGUAGGAAGACUUGGGGUGACAGAUCUAGCCUGACCGCCAUUCGUAGACGGGAGGUUUGUAGGAAGACCUGGGGUGACAGAUCUAGCCUGACCACCAUUGGUAGACGGGAUGUUUGUAGGAAGACCUGGGGUGACAGAUCUAGCCUGACCACCAUUGGUAGACGGGAUGUUUGUAGGAAGGCCUGGGGUGACAGAUCUAGCCUGACCGCCAUUGGUAGACGGGAUGUUUGUAGGAAGACUUGGGGCGACAGAUCUAGCCUGACCGCCAUUGGUAGACGGGAGGUUUGUAGGAAGGCCUGGGGUGACAGAUCUAGCCUGACCACCAUUGGUAGACGGGAUGUUUGUAGGAAGACCUGGGGUGACAGAUCUAGCCUGACCGCCAUUGGUAGACGGGAGGUUUGUAGGAAGACCUGGGGUGACAGAUCUAGCCUGACCGCCAUUGGUAGACGGGAGGUUUGUAGGAAGACUUGGGGUGACAGAUCUAGUCUGACCGCCAUUGGUAGACGGGAGGUUUGUAGGAAGACUUGGGGUGACAGAUCUAGCCUGACCGCCAUUGGUAGACGGGAUGUUUGUAGGAAGACCUGGGGUGACAGAUCUAGCCUGACCGCCAUUGGUAGACGGGAGGUUUGUAGGAAGACCUGGGGUGACAGAUCUAUCCUGACCGCCAUUGGUAGACGGGAGGUUUGUAGGAAGACCUGGGGUGACAGAUCUAGCCUGACCGCCAUUGGUAGACGGGAGGUUUGUAGGAAGACCUGGGGUGACAGAUCUAGCCUGACCGCCCAUUGGUAGACAGGAUGUUUGUAGGAAGGCCUGGGGUGACAGAUCUAGCCUGACCGCCAUUGGUAGACAGGAGG